AUGGGAAGCAAAUCGCAAGAGCAGAAGCCGAAGCUGAAGCACAAGAAGGGGUUAUGGUCGCCGGAGGAAGACCAGCGCCUCCGCAGCUACAUCGUCAAGCACGGCCACGGCUGCUGGAGCACCGUCCCCAUCAACGCCGGGCUUCAGAGGAAUGGGAAGAGUUGCAGGCUGAGAUGGAUUAAUUACCUUAGGCCAGGUCUCAAACGUGGCUUGUUUUCCUCCCAUGAAGAGGAUACAAUCCUCGCCCUCCAUCGCCACCUCGGCAACAAAUGGUCCCAAAUCUCACAACAUCUACCGGGAAGAACAGACAACGAGAUUAAGAAUCACUGGCACUCUUACCUCAAGAAAAAGGUCCUCAAAGAAAACGCGUCAUCAACGCCACCCGAAACGACGCCGCAUAGCGAAAUCCAGCGAUAUUGUUCCAGCUCGUCAAUCACCGACCACUAUUCUUCCCCAUCUCCGGACAAACCCACACUUAUUCCGGCAUCGCACUUCCGUGAAAACUCACCGCCGCCGUCCACCGCCGACCAGUGGGACCCACAGAUUUUUAACAACGGUCACCAUCACGAAAACGGGCCACGUCCCGCUCUGCCGAAGCUCAUGUUCGCCGAGUGGCUAUCGCUGGACAGCUUCGCCGCCACGUCGGCAGCGCCGUUGGUGGGUUGCAGCAAUACUAAGGGGUUCGCCGGCGGGAGUGCUGAUUUCGGACCUGACGUCAGCGGGGUGUUUGGCGGUGAUAAUAAUAACGGUUUGUUUCAUGCGUACCCGUUGUUUCACCAGGGGACAAGCGGCGGGCAGAACUCGAUGACGACGACGGUGAGCGACGGAUCGGCCAGCGACGUUUUCUCGUCGCAGUUCAGCUUCGACGAUCAGAGCUCGGCCGCCGACGCGAAUAAUUAUCAGUUCGUCGAGUUCUGUAGCGAUUUCCAGCUCAGCGGGAAUGAUGUCAUGUACAUAUGA